GAUAACCCACAAUUUGUCACAUUUUUUUGUGUGAAUUAAAAGCCGGCAGCUUUUCGACUUUUGAUUAAUUCAGCAAUUCCGGUAGAAUUUAUUUUGUCUUUCCUUAGCUCUGGAUAAUGUUUAUGAACUCUAAUCUCUUCGAACCGGGCAAGUCGAAGCUCGAGCGCAAUUUUAUUCAAUCUGCGGCGAAGCAAAACACACGUCUCGAUGGUCGCAAAUCUGGUGACUUUCGCGAUGUUAAGUUAACUUUCGGUGCGGACUGGGGCACCGUGAUCGUAGCAAUUGGCGACACUAAGGUCCUGGCCCAGGUGAGCUGUGAUAUUGGUACGCCGUCAUCGGCGCGACCUAAUGAGGGAACCCUACAUUUGAAUGUAAGUCUUGGCGGCGUAGCAUAUUUAAAUGAAUCGCAGACUACGCAUGAUCAGCGAUUCCUGACACUCAACUCAUUAUUGGAGAGGACGUUUCGGAAUUCGCGUUCACUGGAUCUAGAGUCGUUGUGCGUUGCCGCAGAACAGCAUGUGUGGUGUGUACGGGUAGACAUUACAGUGCUCAAUCAUGAUGGAAAUCUUUAUGAUGCCAGCACUGUAGCCGCCUUGGCAGCUCUUAUGCAUUUCCGUCGUCCCGAUGUGACAUUUUUGGAUGAAGAAAUCCGCAUUUAUUCGGACAAGGAACGGGAGCUGAUUCCCCUGCUCUUCCUUCACUAUCCAGUUAGCGUUACAUAUUGCUUAUACAAAAGCAACAGCCAUUAUCCCUAUGUGGACCCCAUUUUGUUGGAGGAGAAUGCCGCCGAUUCGAUUAUAGUUUUAAGUUUUAACUCCUACAACGAAUUGUGUUCACUCAAUGCUGGCGGAUCGACUCCGACCAAGGCAGGGAUUAUCAUGCAGUGUGCACGGAAUGCAGCGAAGCGCUCAAAAUCUUUGGUGGAUUUCUUGAAAAAAGCUUUACUGUUGGAUGAACAGCGUCGGAAUAACAAAGAGCCAAUUAUGGAGGGCCUUGUAAGUCUUCUGACCAACAAAUCACAGACCAUAAGCUAUAAUCAUCUGAUGAAAGAGGAUGUUUCUGAUAUUGUGAUGAGAGAGAAGCAAGAGAUCCCAGAGAAAGUCAAGACUGAGGAUAAGCCAGUGGCUGUCGAUGCAGAGCCACAUAAAAAACCAUCAAAGGCCACACCCGCACCCAUAAAUGACAGUGCUUGGCUACCGCGGGAUAAGGAAGCAUCCCCAACGGUUGUCACUAGCUCAGCUCCCACCAAAACAAAUCGGAACAAAUCCCAGCGUGGCGCCGGCCAACAGAAAUCCACACAAAAACACUCAAAACAACAAAAUCAAAGCGAUUCGGAAGAGGAAACCAAACCAGUCAUCAAAUAAUAUUAAGUGUCUAGGUAUUAGUUUAGUGUAAAUUUAUUAAAGUUAUAGUUGUUUAAUAUAUAAAGUUUUAGCGCUGUUUUCUCUUUCUCUUCCCCCUAAGUAAGUUGUUACAGAAUAUCGGAAAAAUUUUUAGGGGGAUUAGGAAUUGAAAUUGAAUAAAAUUUGAAGCGUUCGCUCAGGCUUUUUCAAGGUUUGUUAUAUGAACAUAAAGUGAAAUAUGAACAAGCAAUAAGUUUAAUAAACUUUCGAAUUAAAGAGUUAA